AUGAGCUCUGAUUCUGCAUACGACCGAAGCAUGCCUUAUCCUCAGGUGUUCCUUGUGGACAGAGGGGGACCUCCCAAUCAGCAUGGAGCACUUCCAAACCUGGUACCUUGCUGGUCCUUCCCUCCAGCCCCUGAGAGAGUGAGGAGAGCUGGGAAGAGACGUGGUUGUCUGGGGGUCAGCUCUGGAGUGGCUGUGGUGAUACUGCUGUUGUUCGCACUGGUGUUUUCAGGCCUGGGGAUCGGAGCUGUGUGGACUGUGAACCUGCAAAAAGAGAUGAAGGACAUGAGAAAUAUCGUCAAGGCCCUAAACCGAAGCACAGUGGAGAAUGUUAUUAAUGCACCACAGAAACAAAUAGGACUGUAUGAGCCUCCAUUAAAGGAUGAAAAGAAGGUGCAAGAGGAAAGGCCGGCAGCUCACGUUAUAGGGCGUCUUCAAAUGGAUCCCACUCAUAAAACGUUGCGAUGGGAGCCACGUGUGGGCCGGGCGUUCAUCUCUGGAGGUGUGACCUACAAGGUGGAGGAUGGAGCUCUGCAGGUGAACCAAACAGGACUGUACUACAUUUACUCCAGAGUGGAGCUGAUCUUCAGGACUUGCCACUCCACCUCCUUCUUUGAGCACUCUGUGUUUGUGAGGAGAUCCAGCCACAGUUCACCUUUGACCCUGAUGAACACACACAGACAGGGCUUCUGUCCCUCGGAGCAGCGGCACGCCUGGACCACUGACAGCUUCCUUGGCUCCGCUCUUCCUUUGCAGAAAGACGACAAAGUCUUAGUGAAUGUCUCACACCCACAUUAUCUUAGUCAUGGACAUUAUGCCAACUUCUUUGGACUCUAUAAAAUCUGA